AUGUCUCACGUCUCCAAACUCCCCAGUUCUUUCAACGGGCCUCAAUCGCCAAUGCUUACGUCUGACUCGCCGUUUCCGCUGUUCAAGUCCGACUAUCGCUAUAAAGGUGUCUAUGAACGUGCUGGUUUCGAUGUCAAUUUGAACAGACGCCAGAACGGUGGUACUGGUUCGCCCAGUGAUACCAGAACAAUGGCUCUGGCACGCAAGAAACCUGAAUCUCCAGCAUCCCAGACCUUCAGCUUCAAGUCUGCUCUUAGCUCAUCCCAGCAAGGCGUCAACCAUUCGCUGAGAUCGCUUCCCAUGAGCGCCAGACCUCAGAACGUGUCUCCAACGGAAUCCAGAUCUAGCUCCAGCAGAGCCGUUCCGCAGACGAACUCUGCUCCUUACAAGCCAGCAUCGCCUGUUAAUCAAUACAACAGUCCGGCUCCAGCUUCAGCUCCGGCCUCGGCUCACCCUGACAACGCGCCUGUUAAUUUUCAGGCGUCCAGGAAGCCUCCAAGAAACCCGUCAUUACAGCAAGGCUACCCUGAAUUCCAGACGUUCCAGCCUUUCAAACCAGAGACUGAUAGACAAGUUGUUCUCGAUGAACAGGGAAAUGCAUGUUCUGUGGGUGACGCCCCUCGUUCUGAUAGAAACAUUAAGAACCUUUGCCUACACAUCCCAGACAGUACACACAAUGAUAACACAGACUUUUCCAAGCCAGAUGCCGAGUUCCAUUCGAAUUUGCCUUCGGGCAUGGGUUCAGAAUCAGACAUUAAUUCGCCUACUUUCGACAAUGCUGAACGCGUCUCCACUGCGCAUACCUCGACUACCUCCUCUCGUGAAUUCAGAAAGAAUAGUGCAGAUUCUGGCAUGAGCGUGAAGACUUCGGAACUUGUUCGUAAUACCCCAUACCCAACCCUGAACCAAAUUCCUGUCAUUCAAGAGCAUCAAGAUUUGUCUACCAUGCUCGAACUGUUUCGUCUGGACGUCGAGGAGCAUAAGAAGUAUGAUCCUAGAAGAAAGAUGUCUCGUUCGGCUACCAAGCUGCCUGAUAAUGCAUCUCUGUUUACCCCUGAUACCACCAACCAUUCAAUGAGACUCGAUGAUUGUUACAGCUCAGAGUCGUCUUUCAAUUUCACAAAUGAGAACAUGGCUCCUGCUGAACCUCAGAAAGCUCAAGAAGGUCUGGACUACCAAAACUUCCUUGAAACAUCAGCUGCGGGCGACAGAAAGCUUGCUAGGAAUUCGAAUCUCUCCACUAUUUCUUCGAUUAUUUCGAAGCUGAAUGAUGGCGAUGACGAAGCUCGUGAUGACGAGGUUGAUCCAGAGUUGCACCGUCAAUUGGAGUCUCUCAAAGCUGGUUCUCAAAUCGAAGAGUCCCCAGCUUUUAGACCAAUUGACAAUGAUUCAUUUGUCACAGCAUCUAACCUGCCCGAACAUGCUAACAAUCCUGCCCCUGUUCCUGUCUUCAAAAUCCAGGAUGUCUCGACCGCAGAGGAAGAACAGCCAACUGAGGCCUCCAGCCCUAUUACUGAGAAGCAAAGAGUCUCAAGUGGUACCAGCUCCAAUCCUUUCUUUGAAGGCGAGGAGGGUGCUGAUGAGUUUCAACCAAAGCCGGCCGUUCAGGAACCUGUCGAAGAAGACCUUGACCUUAACGAUGAGCCUGAGGAACAGUUCGAGAAAAAGGCGCCAACCACACCAUAUACUGUUGGUGGUGAGUUCGAAGACCCUUACUUCCAGGGAACUCCCGAGACUAUCAAGCCAUUGAGCCCCAAGAAUCAUAAGAUUGAACAGGAGCUCAAGGAUAUGAACUUUAAGUAUGCGCUGGACGUGCAAGAUCUUGAGUCACCUGUUAUACCGCCUAGAGCUAUUCAUCACGAGGCUGACGAUGCCAUCUUACUGCAGAACCGUCCACCAGCUGAAUUCAACCCAUUUCCACAAUCUGUGAUCGGGUCACAGUAUCCAAAGUUCAGAGAUAGUGAUUUGCCAAUGAAGACUCCUCCAGGCCAAGGAAGGUGCCGUGGCUGUGGAGAAGAUGUUGAAAAAUGCGCAAAGGGACCUCGGAAAGCUAUCUUCUCGAAGACUGGUGAGUUAUCAGGUCAAUGGCAUAGAGGCUGUUUCUCUUGUUCUUACACUGGCUGCGAUGUCAAGUUCAACAAACACACUGCUUGUUAUGUGCUUCUCGAUAACGCGUUUUGCAACCAUCAUUAUCAUUUGCUUAAUGGAACUCUCUGCCAAUCGUGCAAUUCCGGGAUUGAAGGUGAAUGUAUCGAGAAUGAAAUGAGACAAAAGUGGCAUCUUGAUUGUCUUAAGUGUAACAAGUGUCACACGCAUAUAAAGGAUGAUUACUUCUUGAUCAACGGUGAGGUUGUCUGUGAAAACGAUGCAAGCAACCUUAUAACCAAGAUGGAAAACGAAGGCAUGUUAAGCACGGACAAGAUCGAAAAGAGAAGAACGAGAAUGAUGUUUGUGGAUCAAGUGGCAGAAUUUUAA